UCAGUAUCAUUUUAGCUUUCACAGUGUUCACUUCGCUUACGUGCGACUCCGACUGAGGGUUUUUUUUUCAUAUAAAUCCCGUUGGUUCAUUAUCAGUUUCAGUAAUACUAUUGUGUAUAUGCGUACUUAUAUCUAUGAAGCAUAUUCCUUCAAUCAGCACUUGUAUUGUGCAUUUCGUGAUAAAACAAUAAUAGAAAGAAAAAACUGAACAAUUAUCCAGUUUACUUUUUAAUUGCGCGAUUUUUAUGAGCUUUGAGCGUCGGUUGAAAAAGGAAAAACGUGCUUUGGUAAUUCUUUGAAAUAAAACUAAAUUGAAAAAUGUGAAAAUCUCGAUUCUGUUAAAGUGACAAAAAAUAAAUAAAGUGAACGAAAAUAAAAAAAAAAAUCUAUAAACUCAUAAAGGAUAAAAUUUAGUUCAUUCGUUUUCAAAAAUAGGCAACGAAGAAAACAGAAAAUUUAUCGAUUUUUAAAAGUAAAAAUUCUAUUAUUUACAACAAAAAAAAGUGGUUAAAGAUAAUUUAUAAUAUUGCAUCACAAAAAAGGCAAAAAAUAAAAAUAAAUAAAGUAAAAAAAUAAAUUAGCAUGUGCAAAUUAUUGUGUAAAGAGAAGGCAAAAGAAGGAAAAAAAAGUGAACAAGACCGACUUGAAUGUGCUUAGGAUUUGGUGGAUUGCACUAAAUAUAUGCUGCUUUCAGAAACAACAAGCACAAAAAAAUAUUAAAGAAAUAAAAAAACCAAAUAGGUGUUUGUAGAAGUUUUUUUUUACUUUUCUUCUUUUGUAAUUGUUGUGCAAAAACAAAACCGUAAAAAGUAUGUGUAUUUAACAAUAAGUAAAGUGUUUCAACUAAAAAGAAGUAAUAAAACAACAAAAAUUACGCCUCAUAAUCGAUUACAACUCGACUAGAGUGAAAGAUUUUGAAAUAUUUCUUUUUCCCUUCAAAUAUGAGAGAAACACAAAAUUAAUGGAGUGAUUUGUUAAUUAAAAAUUUAAUAUUUUGGAAAUCAGAAAUAAUAAUAUAAAGAAGAUAUUUUUAUGUUGUACAACAUUCUUUUGGAUUCUUCUGUGUCCCCCGUGCCGCGCACCGUGAAAGAGCUUUUACAUGCUGCACCAAAUUAUCCGAGGAAUAUCAUUUGUGGCACCUCAAUUUUUCAUAAUUAAGAAAACUAAUGUCACAUUUUUCUUAAAAAGAAAACAAAAGGUACAAUGAGGCCAAAUACAUACGAUGAUACCAAAGCUUACUGUCUAUGCAAAGUAUUUCCUCCUGAUGAAAACUUUACAAUAACAUCGCACACAUUUCUCGUUGGCCCAGAUCAACUCGAUGUUCGAAUAACAUUUUAUAUCAAAGAACUGGAAUCCUACAUCUGCUUCAACAAACGUUGGCAGCCGAGAAUAUUCAAAAAACUUUCGGUCAACUGUUACUUCAAAGAAGAGAUGGACGGCGGUUACUUCCUUUUCUAUUCAAUCGAGAAUCCCGACAAGUAUCUUGGCUUCAAUCGAAGGGGCAGAGCGAUCAACUAUGAAUCGCCAAAGAUGGAUAAGCAAUGUCGUAAAAUAUUCAAGCGAAUCCUUGAAGAAACAAGUUCCAAUGGAUUGAGCACAUCAAUUAUCGAUUACGAGUUGACAUCUUCAGCUCCACGCAACAAUAAUCAUAGACAUAGCCAUAAGUCUUCGACAAGGACACACCAGAGAACUCAUAGCAAUAGAAUAGAAACGUCAAAGUCGAGAAAUGCAUCGUUGCAUAAUUCAUCAAAACGUUACAAGUUACAGCAGCAGCAGCAGCAUCAUGUUCGUCAUCAUCACAAUGAACAACCCCUCCGUCACUACCAUACUAUUAGUAAUAAUAAAAAACAUAAAAAUAUAGAUAGUUACGACAACACUAAACAGUUAGGUAACGAGGACUUAAACGCUAUUUAUAAUCAUAAUGAUAGUGGUUUAAAUACAAUAAGUGAGAGUAAAGGCAAGUUCGGACAUCAUCGUCAUGAACAUAUUAAAAAGCCAACUCAAAGUGUUUCAAAGUCGAGAAGUGAACAUAAUCUUGAUGGAAGGCAAGGCUUUAGUUCGCACGGUCAUAAGAACAACCCCAAUCCGACAAACGAUUAUUUAAGCAUGGUCGAAAAUAACAAUGGCACUAACAACUGUACAUAUAAUGCGAAAAAUGUUGAAGAUGAGACAGAUGAUAAGUAUUUUAAAGGUAGAAGGACGACAAAAGGUAAAAAUACUGCGCAAGCCAAUGAUAAGCCUAACAAUAACUGCAAUAAAAUUAAUCGAAGGCAUCGAAAGAAUAAUGAGAAUGGAAGGCAUUCAAGAAAGCAAAAGUCAAAAAUCAUCGUCUCAUAAAAAUCAACAAUCGAACCCUUGAAACACUGAUAAAGAUCUAAAAAGUCUCUAUGGUAGCAUAUUCUUUGUUAUUUUCUAAAUAACGACAAACUUUAUCUUCUCUUUCCUUGAAGAAUCUACAUUUACUUGCUUUUGUAUGUUGUAUCUCUCUCUUUCUCACUUACACUUUCCCUUUUUGCGCCCCUCCCCAUCCUUAAAACAUAAAUUAAAAACAGUUUAGACUUUUAACGCUUUUGGAGGUGGAAAAGAAUUGAAAAAGAAGCUUCUUGGUUCGUUAAGCCACCCUCGCAACAUUAAAACAAUAAAAAUUAGAUGAAAAUUUGUGUGUAAUUGACUUAAAAUACUUAACAAUAGCAAUGUUCUGUGAGUUUUUCGAUGGUACGUAGCAAGAAAUGAAGAAAUGAUGUUGUUUAGAAAUUCUUUGGAGAAUUUUUUUUCUUUUAUUUUGUUCAUCUGGGAGAAAAUAAAAAGAAGAAAGCAAAAACUUUGUUUUAAAUGUUUGUAGAACGUUGUUUGUUAGGCGAAAUCAACAUGAGGGGUUCAUCCGUUUAUUGUGUCGUCGUAAUCAUGAUAAUAACUUAACCCGAAUAUUUCAUAGUUCAAAGAGACUUUAAGUGAAUAUUUAGAGAGAAAAGAAAAAAAGAAAAUUUUCUGAUUAAUAAUUUUAGCCAUAAAAGAAUUUUCUUAACUGUAGAUUAUGGAUGAACUCCUGUAGCAACCGGCACUGUGGCAGUAUUUUUCCCCGCAAAAUUUCUUUAUUAAUAGAAGUGAAGAAAAGAAAAGCUUUCCGCCUUAAUUUUUCCAUGAUUAAGUCAUUUAAGAAUGAAAGCGAAAGAAAUAAUAAAAAACUUUUUAGCGACUAAAUAUUUGAUAAGAAAGUUAAUUUAGAAUUUUUAUUUUUCUUUGUGUACAAAAAAGCAUAAAAAUAUUUCUUCUUCAUAGUCAAGUUGAAGGAGAGAAAUCAAAUUGGAAAAGAAAGCUUAAUUAUGUUAGUGCCAAAAUUAGUCAUGUAUCAUUUGUAAAAGGAAAAAUCAAAUCAUUGCUCGAUCAAUUGAAGAUUUUUAAACAAAAAAUUAUUCAGACAAAUUUCUUUUAAACUGAUACUCAGCAUGAAAAUUAAAUUAACACAAAAAAAUAAUAAAUGGAAAUAGCUUCUUAGCAUGAGCAUUGAUUUAAAGUCCCGAGAUCUUGAAAAUCGCAUUUUUAUGAGAAUCCUUGAAUAAAAUUUAUCGAUAUGGAAAUUAAAAAAAAAAGCUAAAAUAAAAAUGAAAACUGAAUCAAGUUUUACGUUUUUAUUCUUACACAACACACAUACACACACUCUCUCUCUAUAUAAAUAUCUCUAAUCAUUCCAGGAUUCAUUUCAGUUAAAAUUAGAUAAUCAAAAUCAACAUUCCUUGAAGAGUUAAUAACAUGAAUUUUGAAUAACAAAACUUUACAGAAAAAAGAUAUUAAAUAAUCCAGAACACUAUGAACCUUUCUUUCUUACAUGUUUCACAAAAAUUUAUGCAGUUAAGAGAGCAAAUAUAACUUAAAAGCAAUAUGAAUAAGUUACUCAUUAUUUAUAUUAUUUGUUUAAGCGAAAGUGUACAUAUAAAGCAAUUAAAAAUCAUUAUGAUUAUUUACCUGUAAGAAAAAAAACGAUGA